AGAUCUUCAGGGAGGUGAUGGGUAACCGAGAAAUUAUAUUAGGAAGGUAAUGAAGUUGGAAUCGGUACAGGCCUCAUUGUUUCCGGAAGCUUAGAAUUCAGCAACGAAUUGGAUAUCUUGGUUUACUCUGGAAUAAUAUCGCUAUUAUUUUCAAUUGGAUUCUUCAUCAUGUGGAUGGCAUGCCAGAUUGAAGUUAUGGACGAAUGUAUUUGUUUUCUGGAGGAAUCUUCUACCAAGGAAAAUAUUGAAGAAUCUUUGCUAAAGCGUAACGUGUCCAUUUCCGAAUUCGACAGUUCACAGACUCCAGUUUCUAAUUUACUAACUUCACCAACGAAUUCAUCCAUCUCAUCGAUAGAGGUUGGCACUAUCUUGAAGACUUCUAGUUUAAUAUCUGAGCUGUCCGAGGAUAUUGAGCAAUCAUGUACAAACGAAUCAACAAAUCAGCCUCUACAAUUACAGGAGAAAAGUGAUGCAAUAUGUGUGAUAGAUGAGCGAACAUCACAGUCUCGGAGUAUCUUUUCAAGAGCGACCAGAGUAUUCCCGAUGGAAGUUCCCGCGCAAAAUGAGAAGACUCUUAUCAGCACUCGCAAAGAUUCACAUUCACACAUCGAUGAAUCCGAAUUAAAAACGAUCAAACCCGAAGAACUGUCAUUUCCCAAUACAAAUUUUUCACAGAAAUCAAAUACAACUCUUCUUGAACCAAUUCCAAGAAGCGAACCACAUCACAUUGAAUUGCCUGCAGAUCUGGGGCUGGUUGGAAACCCGAUAGCUCCAUUUGAGAGACCUAGUCGCCUACCACCGAUAGAUUUUGGAACAAUUCACAAAUAAAUAUGAGACAUUGUUCCCCUCAUUCAAAGCAAUAAAACCAGCUUGACUGCGGUAUUUUGUCAAUUCCAGGAUAACUAUGAACCAUUGUAUCGUGUAAGCACAAUCAUAUCAAAUUGAUUGAAUUUCGGUGAUUCGGUAAAAAUUUGUAAAUCGGGUUUAGCUCAGUUCUUUGAAUUGGGAAAAAAAGUAGAUCAUGACAAUCCAUUUUCUAACUAUUAGCUGUUCGCACAAACAUAUUGUUUUGAUCGGACAAUCAAGGUUAGAUCUCCUACCGUGCUUGAUAGUACAUAACUUAGGGACCCAAUUUAUUAUAUAGAAGCACGUCACGGUUUGUAUUGCAAAAAAAGGAGGAAGAGUUAAGACAGAAAAGAACAGUAUAUAUAUAUUCAUAAGAUACUGUAGAAUUGUGGCGAUCAAGUUGGCAAUAAUAUAUCAAUCGCGUGCUAGUGAAUUCUGGUAUCUUUGUAUUCGUUGUUGGGCGUUAGUAUCGGGUGAAGGCAGAUAGAGAUCAAGCUAAGGACUGGACCGCUUUCAUCUGCCUUCAUACAGCACAACGCCAAAACAUAAUAUUAUAUUGGCUAUAUCCAGUGGUGGGAUUCAAAUUUUUUGUCAGCCGGUUCCAUCCAUACAAAUGUCAUACUUUUCAGCCGGUUCUGUUACAAAAAGUCAUGUUUUUUUCAGUAAUGCUAAACGGUUCGCUGAUCUCAUCAAAAUUCCAUGAGACGGUUCUAUAGAACCGGUGCGAACCGGCUGAAUCCCACUACUGGCUAUAUCUGCGCGUCAGAGAAUGGCUCACCAUGUUUCGUUCGGUGACCCGACAAUUCAACAUACAGGAAAACAUACUAAUUUGUUGAGUACAGAACUAGGGCUGGGCAUUUCAAAUCGAAUAUUCGAACCGAAUAGUAAAUACUUUCGAAUCCGUUUAAUUAAACGAAAGUUUCUAAUUGCCGCCAUCUUGUUUUUUGUCCGCCAGAGUCCGAGGUGAAUUCUUCAAUUUUUUUAUUGAAGCCGUAUUUUAAAAUUAAAUGUUGACAUAUGACCCUUAUCUUCCUAAUGAGGUAUUGAUGGAACAUGUUUUUAUUGUGUGUGAACGAUCAGCAUACUGUUCGAGUG